GCAGAGGCGGGAUUUGCCGGAAUAUGGGUGGGAAAACAUAACAUACAGCCCACCUUCUUGGCACUAGUGACCUGAACCAAUUUAAGUUCCUGUGGGCAGCGGAGUGAGAACUUGUUUUAAAUUCAGCGCUGUUUUUAAGUUGUGCAAAAGCUUUUUCAUAGUUAUAUAUGUUUCUGGGAUUCAUUUUCAAUUUAUUCUACCAGCCAGCACCAGGAAGGCUAGCUGGAGACUUACUGAGGUGGUUAAGCUGGUUUGUAAGAUUUGGACCUGCUAGCUGUGGGCUAACAUUCGGUUUGUAUCAAAACAGAACUAAAUAAAUCCGCUUGUUUUAACUGGCACUUCAAAAGGCGAACAUGAGGAUCACGGUAGAUUUUGAGGAAUGUCUCAGAGACUCUCCGAGAUUCAGGGCCACCAUUGAGGAAGUGGAGGGAGAUGUGUGUGAGCUGGAGUCCAAAUUAGAUAAGUUGGUGAAGCUGUGCAUUGGGAUGAUCGAUGCUGGAAAAGCGUACGUCACGGCCAACAAGCAGUUUGUGAGCGGAGUCCGUGAAUUAGCACAGCAGUCACGUGAAGAUGAAGUCAUUGAGUCGAGUCUGACGAAGUUUGCUGAGAGUUUGCAGGAGAUGACCAACUAUCACACUAUUUUAUUUGACCAGGCACAGCGCUCGAUCAAAUCACAACUUCAGAUGUUUGUGAAAGAGGACCUGCGCAGGUUUAAGGAAUCAAAGAAGCAGUUUGAUAAAGUGAGUGAGGAGAAGGAGACAGCGCUGAUAAAGAACGCUCAGGCUCCCAGGAAUAAACAACAUGAGGUGGAGGAAGCUAACGCCAUCCUCAAUGCUACACGCAAAUGCUUCCGUCAUAUUGUCCUGGAUUACGUUCUCCAGAUUAAUCUUCUGCAGUCUAAGAGACAAUCAGAAAUCCUCAAAUCGAUGUUGUCCUUCAUGUAUGCACAUCUGACCUUCUUCCACCAAGGUUAUGACCUGUUCAGUGAACUUCACCCACUAAUGAAGCACCUCGGCGGACAGUUGGAGCAGUUGAUGAUGGAUGCUGCAAAGGAUAAGAGGGACAUGGAAACGAAACACUCCACUAUUCAGCAAAAGGCAACUCAGCAGGAUUAUUCGAAUGACGACACCAAGCUGGAGUACAAUGUGGACGUGGAGAACGGGAUCAUUAUGGAGGGGUAUUUGUUUAAGAGGGCUAGUAAUGCCUUCAAAACAUGGAACAGGCGCUGGUUCUCAAUUCAGAACAAUCAGUUAGUGUACCAGAAGAAGUUUAAGGAUAACCCCACAGUGGUGGUGGAAGAUCUGAGGUUGUGUACAGUUAAACACUGCGAGGACAUCGAGCGCCGUUUCUGCUUUGAGGUGGUUUCACCCACAAAGAGCUGUAUGAUGCAGGCUGAUUCUGAAAAGCUGAAACAGGCAUGGAUUAGAGCUAUGCAGAACAGCAUCGCUACAGCCUUCAGAGACCGAUCAGAUGACUCAGAGAAGUUGGACAGGAAGUCAUCGCCAUCCACAGGAAGCUUAGAGUCAGACCCGAGAGAGAAGAGUCUGAAAGGGGAAGGUGCCGUACAGAAGGUCAUGGCCAUCGCAGGAAACAGCACCUGCUGCGAUUGCGGCCAGCCAGACCCCAAAUGGGCCAGCAUUAAUCUGGGGAUCACGCUGUGUAUCCAGUGUUCUGGCAUCCACAGGAGUUUAGGAGUUCAUUUCUCCAAAGUGAGAUCUCUGACUCUGGACACGUGGGAGCCAGAACUGUUGAAGUUAAUGUGUGAGCUUGGAAACGGUGUCAUAAAUCAUAUAUAUGAAGCUCGCAGAGAGGAGCUUGGAGCACGGAAACCACAACCUGGAGACUCCAGGCAGGACGUGGAGUCAUACAUAAGAGCCAAGUAUGUUGAUCGGCGGUUCAUCAGAAUGCCAUCAGACGAAGAACUGAAGCUGAAGAUCAUGGCUUUGAGUGUAGAGCAGAAAGGAAUCAGUGACCCCUCCGAAUCACAAGCACGACAAGCAACUCAACAAGCACAUGCAGAGAAAACACGGCCAGCAUCCGGAGCGUCGGCUGCGAGUGUCCUUGAAGUUUCCAGCGAAUCUCUCUUCUGUCCUGCUGAAUUAGAUUCUCUCUUCUCCUACUUUGGCCAGCGCAGUAUUAAAAGUGCAGAAAGUGGCAUUGUGAGCAAAGCUGAAAGAAGGCCAGCGGUUGUAAACACCAGUCAGAAUCAUACAGAAAUACACGAGUCUCAGUCCUCCACAUGUAGCAGUAAGGAGAAGCUGGUUUUCUCUGAGCCAAAGCAGUUCUGUCCCAGCUUGCAGCUGUACUGGGCCUCAUUUACACGCAGCCUUCCUGACAUGGCUGAGGCUCUGGCACACGGAGCCAAGGUCAACUUUAUAAACACAGAUGACGAGAAGAGAUCGCCACUGAUCAUGGCUGUACACGGAGGCUCUCUGGUUACGUGUGAGUUUCUGCUCCAGAAUUCAGCCAGUGUGAAUCAGUGUGACAGUCAGGGCAGAGGACCACUACACCAUGCCACCAUCCUCGGACAUACCGGACAAGUGUGUUUAUUCCUGAAGCGUGGAGCCAAUCAGAAUGCAGCAGACAUUGAGGACAAAACGCCCCUGACCAUUGCGGUGGAAGCGGCUAAUGCAGACAUUGUAACGCUGCUGCGAUUGGCCAAGAUGAACGAAGAGAUGAGAGAGUCAGAGGGACCAUACACAGGUCUUACAGGUGAUGAAACAUACCAGGACAUUUUCCAGGAUUUCUCACAGAUGGCAUCAAACGACCCUGAUAAACUAAAUCGCUUCUGAUAACAAGAUUCCAUCAGAAAGAUUUUAAUGUAUUUUAUAUUCCAAAACACACACACAACUAUACCAAAGAUGAAUAGAGCUUAUAGGAGUGGUGUAACUGAUGGCAUGAUGAAUCAGUUGUGAGUCACACAGGUUUAAAUAAUUCUCACUGCAUGAUCUGAUGAUUUAUAUUUUACUCAGUAUUUAAAAUCUUAACGUCCUUCUCUUUUCAUCACAUAGUUUGGUGUCUUUUUGGGAGAAUCACUCAACACGCCUGGGCUUAAGUUAGUUCUGUAUGAAUUAUAGAAUGUAAUGUCCUGUUUUAUUCAUGGUCAUUUUCAGUCGUAAUGUCAGUAUAUUCCGUUCACUUUCAGGCCAGAUCAUCAACUUGUCCUGUCUUUAUUUAAAAAGGUUUAUUUAUUUGUUUUUCUCACCAUACCAAUGAGUUCUGAGAGGUGAAUUUAUUUAACUCUCAGAUGAUGGACGUGGAGCUCUAACUUUUAUUGUAGCACUUUUAUGACCUGUAAGGUCUGUCUAUGCAUAUAGAAUAUUUCCUGUAUGAAUUUCUUAGUAUUUUUUAUGUGUCUGUCAGAACCUGGUGCUUCUGUUUAGUAAAACCCGAGUCAAAUGUCAUUAAAAAUGUAAAUGAACUAAAGAUUGAUGAUAUAACUGUUGAACCAUAAGACUUUUAUUAGCAGCAUUAUUGUGGGCUACAGUGCAAACCUACAGAAAUUAUACAGCUCACACAAUAAACUGGUGGGAAAUGUGGAUGCAAAUGAGAUCAAGCUCUGCUUUUCUCGCCUCGACUCUU